CUUAUCUCUUUCUAAUUUUCUCCGAAAUUCCCUCCAUCGUGCAAUAGUUUGCGUGCUUUCACUUCCCAGUAUAAGGAGCAUUUGAAAAUCAACAUUCGGGUAUCUCUUGGCACUGGAGUUUUAUUCUUGGGAAUUUAGGCUGGGCAAGUAGAAGAUUUCAACUCUCAUAUCAAUCCAUGGCGAAUAGAAUGGAGUUCAAUCAAGUAGUUAUGGCCUGACCUUGAUUAUCUCGCUUGAUUCCUCUGCAUUGGCAUCACCCAAUGGUUCUGUCUCUCCUCGAUGUACUACCAGAAGAACUAUUUUAUUGCUUCUAUUGCUGAAGGCAAUGUUUGAUCAGUUAUACCUUUCGCCUUUACUCAUCUUCCUAUACCAGGCAUUGACCUUUAAUAGGUUUUCGGUUUUUGGCCAAGGUUAAUCGCUUUGCACAUGUAAGUCAUUCAUUUCUUCUCUAUGUCUCAUGGUUUUAUCUUUCUGAUUAAUAACAAAACGACUUUUAUUUCACGUUGUCUCAUGAGCACAACAUGCAGAAUAUCUAUUUCUUUUGAUCUUAUUGCCUGAUACGAUGUUUAAAGCUCGGGGGAUCUCCUGCGUCAUUUCUCCUCUUUCUGUUAUUAGGUUUCAACUUCAAUGAGUUUCUAUCUUUGAUGACUCGGUAUUUGCACAUGUUUUCCCCUUUGUUUCUUGAUUGUUUGAGCUUGAAUUAUCGUGUCUUUGGCCUAUUUUACGCUAGGUUGUGUUCCUUUGUCACAUUUCAGGUCCUAGCACAUAAAGUGAAGCAUAGGCGCAAGUUUCAAGUCAAUCAGAGAUCAAUUGACGAUUCGGGAGAAGAAACUCGGGUAUGACCUGAAGAAGAAUGGAUUUCUACCUCACUUUAUGGAUAAAUAAUCAUGCAAGCUUGUCAUGAAAAUAAAGAGGACGAGACUAUGAGCGUCUGAGAUCAAACGGCGACUGAUUCGGAGUCCGGACGAGGGAGAAACGAAGCAUUAAACAGAGGCUGAGCAAGCCACACGGGCACAACCCACACGGCCGUGUGACCUGGCCAUGUGGCCGUGUGGAAAUUACCGAGUCUUCACACGGGCAGCUGGGAAAGCCACACGGCCGUGUGGCCUGGCCGUGUGAGUCGGGAAUUGCUGUUUAAAACCCGAUUUUCAGCAAAAGGAAAGAGGGAGAGCUGGGUUUUGGACCCCAAACACCCAAGGGACGAACCCUAGAGAGAGAGAGAGCGACUUGGGAACAUUCUUGGUGCUAUUUUGGAGGAUUUCUUCGCCAUUGGAGCUCGGGAAUCAAGCUUGGAGAUGGAGAUUGAAGAUCUAGAUUAGAUUUCUGCAGUCUCUCUCUUCUCUAUGGAGUAACGUCCCUUCACUUAGGUUUUGAGGAACCUUAGUUCCAUGAGUUAGGAUCUUUCUUGUAUGAAGUUUUGGAUGCUAUAUUGUUUGAUUAUAAUCGAAUGAUGCAUGUUUAUUGAGUCAAUUGAAGUCUGAUCAACUUUUCCUGAUUCCUGCUGCAAUAUGAGAUAGAUAGAAUCUGAUUAGGUUGCUAGAGUCUCAUCAUUCGGUAGUAGGAGAUUGGCUAUACGAGAGUUAGCCAGUUUACUGCUUUGUACUGGAAUCCAAUUCCAGUAGUGGAGUUCUGUUCUUACUGCUUCAGCUUUCUAUCCCGGUGAAGACUAGUCGUCUGCCGGAUAGUUAGACUGAGAGGGCUUGGUCAGCUUAAGAGAUUCCAAGCUACUGUCGGAUCUUCCGCAGUUUAAUCAACAGUAAAACAACCAAAAGGAAUUACAACUUGGAUCUAAUUGAGGAGCUAGGGGGAAUCAUACCUAAGUGAGUUCCCAAACUGUAAUUAGUAGUUUUACUUAGUUUAGUUAGUAGAGUAGUUUAGUUAAUCAAUCCUUAAUCUAGUUUGCUAGAUAAUGAACUGAAGCUGAGUAAUAGUAACUCUAGAGACCCGUGGAUUCGAUAUUUAUUACUUGUGCCACUAUACUACAGUCCCUUUCAUUGGUUACACUUGGCCAUUGUUAGGUGUUGUGUUUUAGAGCAAGUUUGCUCACAUCUUGCUCAAGAUCACCUUUCUGCUGCCACGCUAGAAGAGGUGGAGGAUGACAAAGGCUAUGGGAGCGUUGAGGAGCAUACAGAAGUUAUCACAGAGAACUCCCAUGAUAACCAUGAUUAGGAAAGUCCUUUGGUUGCAGACCACACCUUUCCUCAUUUAUGCUCUAACAUGCUGGGCCCGUGCGAGGAGAUGCAAGAUGAUCCCAUUGAAGAAAUUGCUUGGCGACUUGCUCUCCAAUCUGUUCUAGAAGAAGAAGAGCGAGCAAGGAUGAGGAAGGAAGUUGUGGAUGAUGAGGAAGAAAGAAAAGAAGAGGUGGUUCUUGAUCUUUUCCCAGGGGAGAGACCACAUUUUGAAGAAGGAAGGGGGGUUGAGGAAGCAAUUGGCGUCCAGGCUGAGGAUGAAGUUGAGGUGGAAGAGGCAUGCACCGGCCAUGAGUUGCAAGUAAUAUGCCCACCAAACUUUGAGGAACUGCUUGGCAAGGACCCACGUGCAGUGUCUCUUUGCCUUACCAAGGCCACAUCGACAUCGGUCCCUCUUGGUGGACGCAAUGGUGGUCGGUCGAUGCUGUCAUAUCUGGUUUGGGGCAAUGAGACGAGAGAAGAGAAGAAGAGGUCUCGAGGGUGGAGACUUCAUCUGCAUCAAGUACAUGAGCCUUCAUCACCUGCCACACCACAUGCUCGUGACUUGAGACUCCACCUCAUCGACGAGAACUUCAACUUCAAGGAGGUUCUAGCAUGGACCAAAACUUAAGAGCCAUCGUCCGGCUCACGACGUGAAAGAAGCGCUUGUUGGGAGGCAACCCAACCAGUCGGUUUGCAUUUCUUUCUCUAUUUCUCCUCGGUUGAGUCAGUUUUGUUAUUUGAUUUUAGAGUCAAUAACUCAACCUUUGUGAGAUUUUGCGUGGUGUUUGUGUUCUGAUUACUCUCUCUUCCUGGAAUGCACUGCCUGACCCGUACAUCAUCAUUCACCCUUGAUCUGGUAACUUCGUUCUACCCUCCUUAUCUUUCCUCCAUUGAGGACAAUGUCAUGCUUAAGUGUGGGGGGGUGUUCGAUUAUGUAUGCAGGUGAAUGUUUGGCUGUUUGUGUGCUUGGAGCCUAGUUCACUAUCCAAAUUUUUAAAUUUGAGGGCUCCAAGUAUGUGUUUCCUUGCAAAUUGCCUUCUUAGUAUGCUUUGAAUUGACAGUCUCUAUAGUAAUGUGCAACCUAGGGAGGUAGUGUAGCACUAUGGAGGAUGUUGAAGUAUAAGAUUUUUCCUAUCUAGCUCUCUGUUGUGCCAGUUGAUUUUGUGAAUUAGUGGAGCUAAGACCGUUGAAUUCAUGUGGUAAUGGUGACUCUGUUUGGAUUAUGUUAUGGACUCGUGUAUCGAACAGGGUGCUCAUAUGGAAAAUGGGAAGAAGUUGGUCCUCCAUGUCAAAAUCAUUAAAUCUUAAACAUGGGG